ACUCCUGAGGGGAAAACGGACUGAUUGGGAUGGGAAUUAGCAUCUCUCCCGCCGCGUUACGUAGGCAAGGCAAGACAGAAACUCGCCGGACGCGGAGCCAAAAAAGCGCCUCAGGAAGGCAGAAGCGAAGCGCCGCCGCUGUCCCAUCGCCGCCUGCUCGCCAACGCUGAGCCCGCUUCUUCGCCUGAUUCUGCCUCGCUCUGAGGCUCGAGCGAGCCUCCUUCACCUGCAGCUGGGGUCGGCUUCGCCCCCUGCCCAGCCGAUAGAGGGGCCGCUGCUUCUGCAACGGCAUGGCCAGAGAGAGACGAGAUAGCAAGGCGGCGGCGUUCUUCUGCCUGGCCUGGGCACUCUGCUUGGCUCUCCCGGGCUUCCCGCAGCAUGUAGGUGGCCGAGAAGACAGAGCGGACUGGACUCAGGAGAAGUAUUCCCAUCGCCCAACCAUUUUAAAUGCAACUAGCAUCCGACAGGUCACUUCACAGACAAAUGUUAAUCGCAUGUGGCAAAAUGACCUUCAUCCAAUCCUGAUUGAGAGAUAUCCAGGAUCACCUGGGAGUUAUGCUGUGCGACAGCAUAUCAAGCAUCGGUUACAAGGACUGCAGGCUGGCUGGCUUGUUGAAGAAGACACAUUUCAGAGUCAUACUCCUUAUGGAUACCGCACUUUUUCAAAUAUAAUCAGUACUCUCAAUCCCCUUGCCAAGCGUCAUUUGGUGGUUGCUUGCCAUUAUGACUCAAAAUAUUUUCCGCCACAACUGGAUGGUAAAGUGUUUGUUGGAGCCACCGACUCAGCUGUGCCUUGUGCAAUGAUGCUAGAAUUGGCAAGGUCCUUGGAUAAACAGCUUUCUUUUCUGAAGCAAAGCAGCUUGCCACCCAAGGCAGAUCUUUCUCUGAAGCUUAUUUUCUUUGACGGUGAAGAAGCUUUUGUGCGAUGGUCGCCUUCAGAUUCCCUGUAUGGCUCUAGAUCUUUGGCCCAGAAAAUGGCAUCUACUCCUCAUCCACCAGGUGUCAGGAACACAAAUCAAAUUCAAGGCAUUGAUCUUUUUGUGUUGAUGGAUUUACUUGGUGCACGAAACCCUGUUUUUCCUGUUUACUUUUUGAAUACAGCUCGAUGGUUUGGGAGACUUGAAUCCAUUGAACAAAACCUUCAUGAUUUGGGUUUGCUACAUAAUUAUUCUUCUGAGAGGCAGUACUUCCGAAGUAAUUUACGUCGACAUCCAGUUGAGGAUGACCAUAUUCCAUUUUUGAGAAGAGGUGUUCCAAUCCUACACUUGAUACCUUCACCUUUCCCUAGAGUAUGGCACACUAUGGAGGACAAUGAAGAGAAUCUUGACAAGCCAACUAUUGACAACCUCAGCAAAAUUCUGCAAAUUUUUGUGCUGGAAUAUCUCAACUUGGGAUAACUGUUACCCUUAAAUUAAUAUUUUGUUCUAAAUACUUAGCUCUGUUUAGAAUUCUUCCAAGAAUAGGCUUUUACUGUAGACAUAGCAAUCAGAUCUCUUACUUUAUGCCUUGUCUGUGACAAAAACUGAACGAUUAUCCAUCUAGAUUUUAUAAUGUUAGUGAAAUUUUAAAAUUUAUUCCUAAACAACAAAUACUUGGCAGUGUAAAAGUUAAUUAUGUUAUUAUGAGAAGCUGGAUGUAAAAAAAAGAUCAAAACACCAUUUUUAAUUUAAUUGACUUUUUAAUUUAAAAAUGAAUGGGAAGUGUUUAUAUAUCUUAGAUGUUAACUUCUUUCUAUUAAUCUUUAAUAUACAUGUUUCAUAACUUGACUAACGUAAUGUUAAAAAGAACAAUUAAGCAUCUCAGGGUGAGAAUCUGAACACCUUUGACCUGCCAACUCACACAUGUGCAGAAGACAAGAGCUGCAAAACAAACAACAAAAAAACUGUAUGUGGCUUGUUUAUUGCACUGCUGUUUGAAUGAUUCCCAAAUAUGAUUUAAGGUGCCAAUGUUGUAGUCUUCUAUAGCUGUGAGUGCCAAUAAAAAACAGGGAAUUAACUGCCUGGACUACAAUUCUGAACCAGGUAUGCAAAUCAUCAAUCUACAUCUCAUUAAAUCAUGAUGUAAAAUAUAUAUUGGCUGAUUAGUUUAUCUGAUGAUGAGUGAUCUUAGCAUACAAUUAGCCCUUAAUUGACAUUAAUGAUAUUCGAAUUUGCAAGUGAAUCAUAGAUGGGUUGUAAAAUCCACUGAUAUUAUCAACAUAUUUUCAGGCUACAUUUAAGAAUUCCUGUCACCUUCUUCCAGUGCAGACAUGAGUAAACAUUUAUUCCUCCAUUUAUUUCAUUCUCUGAAAACCCUCAGAAAACAAUGCCCAAAAUGGCAGCAUGAUUCAACAGUUAAUGAUAUUUUAAAUAUAUACUUCAUAUUAAUCUUGGCAACUACCUAGACAAGCCCUGUAUUUUUCUUGUUAAGGUUUUUCAGAAGUGGUUGCCAUUGCCUCCUUCCUAGGACUGAAAGUUACUGGCCCAAAGCCACACAACUUGCUUUGUGCCUAUGGUAGGACUAGAACUCAAUCCACAGGUUUCUAGCCUGUGCCUUAAUCACUACACCAAACUGGCUCUCCUAAUUAGUAUAUAAAAUGUGUGCAUUAAUCUUAAUACACUAAUCA